AUGGCGGCGGCUGAAAACAAUGUGGAGCUGAAGCGAAAAGCUGAAGAUGAGCAGCCUGCAGAUGGAAGCCAAGAAGAAGAGGAAGAAUGGGUCGGACCUAUGCCAAGCGAGGCUACAACGACCAAGAAAAGGAAAGUUUUGGAGUUUGAACGUGUUUACCUGGACAACCUCCCAUCAGCUGCUAUGUAUGAACGGAGCUACAUGCACAGAGAUGUUAUUACACAGCUAGUUUGUUCCAAGACGGACUUCAUUAUCACGGCCAGUCAGGAUGGACAUGUCAAGUUUUGGAAGAAGAAGGAGGAUCAGGGAAUAGAGUUUGUCAAACACUUUCGAUGUCACCUGAGUGUGAUAGAAAGCAUUGCAGUGAGCGCUGAAGGAGCCCUUCUCUGUUCUGUUGGGGACGAUCAGGCCAUGAAAGUAUUUGAUGUUGUCAACUUUGACAUGAUCAACAUGCUGAAGUUGGGCUUUCAUCCAGGUCAGAGCGAGUGGAUCUACAACCCCGGCGAUGCCAUCUCCACUGUGGCCUGCUCAGAAAAAUCUACAGGCAAGAUCUUCGUUUAUGACGGGCGAGGGAGCAACGAGCCCUUCCACGUCUUCGACAAGAUGCACUCCUCGCCGCUGUCCCAAAUCCGCCUUAAUCCCAAAUUCAGAGUCAUCGUCUCGGCCGACAAAGCGGGAAUGCUUGAAUACUGGACCGGCCUCCCGAGUGAAUUCAAGUUCCCCAGACAGGUGCAAUGGGAAUAUAAAACAGACACAGACUUGUAUGAAUUUGCGAAACACAAAACUUAUCCCACCAGUCUGACGUUUUCAUCUGACGGGAAGAAAAUGGCGACCAUCGCCACCGACAGGAAAGUCAGGAUCUUCCGCUUCUUAACAGGAAAACUGAUGAGGGUGUUUGAUGAAUCAUUAACAAUGUUCACAGAGCUGCAGCAGAUGAGGCAGCAGCUGCCCGACAUGGAGUUUGGGAGGCGGAUGGCCGUGGAGAGAGAACUGGAGAAGGUGGACGGCAUCCGUUUGACUAACAUCAUCUUUGACGAGACCGGACAUUUUGUCCUGUAUGGGACCAUGCUGGGAAUCAAAGUCAUCAAUGUGGAGACCAACAGAUGUGUGCGGAUCCUCGGGAAGCUGGAGAACAUCCGUGUGGUGCAGCUGGGUCUCUUCCAGGGGAUCGCGAAGGCCAUGCAGGUGGCCCCCACCGUAGAGAUGAAAGCGUCUGACAACCCCGCCUUACAGAACCAGGAGGCGGACCCCACCAUAUUCUGCACCGCCUUCAAGAAGAACCGCUUCUACAUGUUCUCCAAGCGGGAACCGGAGGAUACGAAGAACGCAGACUCGGACAGAGAUAUCUUUAACGAGAAGCCUUCGAAGGAGGAGGUGAUGGCCGCCACGCAGGCUGAGGGCCCCAAGAGAGUGUCUGACAGCGCCAUCAUCCACACCACUAUGGGAGACAUCCACAUCAAGCUCUUCCCUGUAGAAUGCCCAAAAACGGUGGAGAACUUCUGCGUUCACAGCAGGAACGGAUACUACAACAGCCACAUAUUCCACAGAGUCAUUAAGGGUUUUAUGAUUCAGACCGGAGACCCUACCGGUACGGGCAUGGGAGGCGAGAGCAUCUGGGGAGGAGAGUUUGAGGACGAGUUUCACGCCACGCUGAGACACGAUCGUCCGUACACGCUCAGUAUGGCGAACGGCGGCCCCGGCACCAACGGCUCGCAGUUCUUUAUGACUGUUGUUCCCACUCCUUGGCUCGACAACAAGCACACUGUAUUUGGAAGGUGUGCUAAAGGCAUGGAGGUGGUCCAGAGGAUCUCCAACGUCAAAGUCAACCCCAAGACCGACAAACCGUACGAAGACAUCAGCAUCAUCAACAUCACCAUAAAGUGAUCUUUUUAUGUCUUUUAUCAUGU